AUGCGAUGGGUUGAUGAGGUGACGAAGGACUUGAGAGGAAUGGGAGCAGACUUGGAGCUGGCAGAGGAUAGAAGAGCUUGGAGGCACAUGGGUUUCGGCGAAGGUUCAGGAGACGACAUCCCUCCUGAUGAAAUAGACGUUACACCUGAAGAUCCAAAUGGAGACCAAGGGUUGCCAUGGGAAGGGAGUGGGACGCCUCCUCUUCUACCCCCGCCACCACCAGGAUUCACCGGAAUGAAGGGGCAAAAAGGAGAAAGAGGAGAGCCUGGACCUCCUGGCGAAUCAAUAGAGGGUCCUCCAGGUCCACCGGGACCUCCCUACAAUCCUAGAGGAACAUCAGGACUUCCUGAGUUUGGUUCAGGUGAUGACGGGUUCCUGCCCGCUGGAGGAGUAGUUGGUCCUCCAGGACCUCCUGGGGAGUGUUCCUGUAACAUUACGGAAGUCCUGAAGAACUUCAACCUUCCAGAGCCUGUACAAGGACCUCCAGGGACUGACGGGAAGACGGGCGCACCUGGAAUGCCGGGAUUGUCGGGUCCGGUGGGCGAGAGAGGAUUGCCAGGACCUAAAGGAGAGAAGGGAGACCGAGGAGAUGAAGGUCCUAGAGGUCCUGAGGGAAUCCAAGGACCAAAAGGAGACCAAGGCCUACAAGGACUUCCAGGAACUUCUGGCAGCCCAGGUCCUCCAGGACCUCCUGGCAGAGCAGAGGGAGCCUACAAUAUGGACCCGAGUUGGAAGCCACGCUCCUUGUUUAAGGAGGUGAUCACAGGAGCCGGCCUAGACUCAGGCAGACCAGGCAGUCCUGGACCUAAGGGAGAACCAGGGAUAGAUGGAGUCCCAGGUGUCCCUGGGGAGAGGGGACUCCCAGGAAGCAAAGGGGACCGGGGACCUGCAGGAGCCAAGGGCAACAAAGGUGACAAGGGACAUGCAGGGUCCCAAGGCACUAGAGGGCAGAAGGGAGAACCUGGGAAAAAUGGGAAAGAUGGACUUCCAGGAGUGUCAGGGGAAAACGGGAGACCUGGAGGGAAAGGAGAGAAAGGUGACUUAGGUCCUGCUGGACCCCCAGGCCCUCCUGGUAUAAUACAGCCUGGAGAUGGAAAAGUGGCGACAACUGCUAUGGGUGCUGGUCAGAAGGGAGACUCAGGAACUAAGGGGGACAAGGGAGAAAAGGGAGCCAAAGGUGACAAGGGAGCCAAAGGUGACAAGGGAGACCAAGGACCCGUGGGACCCUCAGGCAUUCCUGGAACACCAGGUUCUCAGGGAGUAGCAGGGGAGAAGGGAGAUAUGGGAGAGGAAGGAAGUCCCGGACCCUCAGGACCUCCUGGUCUGAAAGGGGAACCCGGAGAGAGAGGCCCUCCAGGUCUGUUGGCACAAGGAACAUUUGCUCCCAUCAAGGGAGACAAGGGGGACCCGGGCAAACGAGGAAGAAGAGGCCGGCCUGGACCCCCAGGACUGGCGGGAGCCCCUGGAAAACCGGGACCUAAGGGCGAGAUGGGACUUCCUGGAUUUAUGGGACUUCCCGGAAGACCUGGAGUGCCUGGAGAGAUUCAUCCCGGAUGUAAGGGAGAGAAGGGAGAACCUGGACAACUGCUUGAUGUCUAUGGAAACUCGGUGACUCUGAAGGGAGACAAAGGAGAGCCUGGGAGAGACGGAGCAGCUGGUCCCCCGGGUCCUCCGGGUCCAGCACUGGGUCCCGGGUCACACUACGUACCCAUACCCGGACCACCCGGCCCUCCAGGCCCUCCUGGGAUGCCGGGAGUCUCAGUUCAAGGAGAAAAAGGAGAACCAGGAGAAUCAGGAAGAAGUUUUGGGGAUUCCACCGGAACACAAGGUCCGACUUCCUAUCCGUCUCCAACAUUGGGCACAAUCACUGGAUCGGUGACCUUCAAAAACCUUGAGGAAAUGGCACGUAAAGCAAACGUUAGUCCAGUUGGGACCCUCGCUUAUAUAUUAGAAGAAGAAGCUCUACUGAUAAGAGUCAACAGAGGUUGGCAGUAUGUGUUGAUGGGCCAGGUGAUUCCAGUCAAUGCUGAUUUCCCAACCCCCGUCACAACUACAACCACUGAGAAAUCUCAUCCUCCGUUUGAGGCCUCCAACUUGUUAAACAAUGUUCCAACUCAGUUGGACGGACCCGUGCUGCGCAUGGCUGCACUCAACGAGCCCUACACCGGAGGCAUGAACGGACAGCGGGGAGCCGACUAUUCCUGCUACAGACAGGCGAGACGUGCAGGUCUGCGUGGAACGUUCCGGGCAUUCCUGUCAUCCAGGAUACAGAACUUGGACUCUAUCGUCCGGUAUACAGAUUGGGACCUGCCUGUUGUCAAUAUUAAGGGAGAUGUGUUGUUCAACUCCUGGAAGAGUAUCUUCACUGGUGACGGAGGCUUCUUUGCACAGCCUCCAAGGAUAUACUCCUUCAGUGGGAAAAACAUUUUAGCAGACCCUUCAUGGUCUAAGAAGUACGUGUGGCACGGCUCCCUAGUGUCAGGAGAGAGAGCCAUGGAGCUGUACUGUGAUGCCUGGGACUCGGGCAGCUCUGAGAGGUUAGGUUUGGCUACUGAUGCUGUCGAGGGCUAG